GUUUUCUCCCUUUUGACAUAUAUAUAACACACAUCCAAGCCUAGAACUUCCUAACCCACGCUUCUGAAUUUCUUCCCUAGGGAGAGAACAUAACUCAAAGCACCGAGCUAGCUUUUGGCUCUCUGCAAUGCCGUAUACAGCAGUACGGCCGUCACCGCAGCAACACAGCCGAAUCGGCGGCGCCAGCCGCAAGGCCUUGGUGGCGCACGGCGCGGCCGUGCCGGGCGAGGUGGCGCGGUACCACGAGCACGCUGCCGGCGCGGGGCAGUGCUGCUCGGCCGUGGUGCAGGCGAUCGCGGCGCCCGCGGAGGCGGUGUGGUCGGUGGUGCGGCGCUUCGACCGGCCGCAGGCGUACAAGCACUUCAUCAAGAGCUGCCGCCUCGUGGACGGCGACGGCGGCGCGGUAGGGUCGGUGCGGGAGGUGCGCGUGGUGUCCGGCAUGCCUGGGACUUGCAGCCGCGAGCGCCUCGAGAUCCUGGACGACGAGCGGCGCGUGCUGAGCUUCCGCAUCGUCGGCGGCGAGCACCGGCUCGCCAACUACCGGUCCGUGACCACCGUGAACGAGGUGGCGUCGACGGUGGCCGGGGCGCCGCUCGUGACCCUGGUGGUCGAGUCGUACGUGGUGGACGUGCCGCCGGGGAACACGAGCGAGGAGACGCGCAUGUUCGUGGACACCAUCGUGCGGUGCAACCUCCAGUCGCUGGCGCGCAUGGCCGAGGAACUCGCGCUGGCAGUGCCGCUGGCCGUCAGUUGAUACCCCGCACGCUCCGGCUGGCCAGGAAGACCGUAUACCUAUACAAAUUAACGAAGAAGGGCACCGAGUGUUUUCCUCACGACAGUUACAUAGCGGCGAACCAGGGUUUCUCCCUAGCCAUCAUCAUCUACUCGUCUAUGUCCUCUCCGGACGGGAAUCGGCGGGUCCCCGCCUCCUCUUCUUGAC